UUUGAAGACGAAUAUGCCUUGGUAAGUGAAUUAAAGCCAUUUAUUUCAACACCACAUAAGAACGUUAUUAAAAUAACAGUUGCGUUGAUUUUUUUCAGGUAAACCAUGAAGGCGUUUCUGAAGAAAUUCUUUUCCAACUUAAUGGCCUGGAUUUUGAAAAUCACGAGGAGAGGGAGAAGCGAGUGCAGACCUCAUGUAGACACAGAUCUGAGCACAGGCCUGCCCAGAACACACCCAGGUUUCUGGAGCAUUGACUUCCCACAUCCCCAGAAAUCUUGGCAUCUGGGAUGAUGAUCGAUGGGACGUAAUGAUCUCAUCAAAUUCAUCACUUAUUAGGCGGCGCCUCCGAACUCCUCAAUGUUUAGUCUAAAUAAUGGUCUAUUAUCAUACCAACUUGCACCUCGAAGGGACCGCCAUCUGCUCCGCCAAACAAGAGGAAAAGAGAAUAGUGAUUAAUUUUGUUAAUCUAAAUUUAUCAUGUGUUUUAUAUUAUGUUAACGUUUUGUACUACUCAAAACAGUGGUCUUUCAGGUGCAAAACGAUAUUAUUAAAAUUCUUAGAAAUUUAAAUUAUUAUGCAAUAGCAUUUAAAACUAUUCAAACUAUUCAAACGCCCAAAAAUACUUGAACUUAAGAGCUUGCCUGAUUUGUCCAGGGAAAUCUCCAAAUCUAAACAUGCAAGUCACCGCCGAAUUCUAUGGUAAUUCAUUAGUUGAUAUAUACAAAUUCUACUUGCUAUCUUCUUUUUCGAAGCAGCCAUCUUSAAUAAAUUGUGCUAGGCGUUCAAAAUAAAGCCUAGAGAGACUGAACCCUAGUUUACCCAUCUGACUUUGCAGUUUUAAAAAAAACCGCGAAUCUUAGUGUGCCAAAAUUAUUGUGUUUGUAAUAACUUCGGGAAAUUUUUUGAAAUGUCUGAYGUAUAUAAAGGAAAAGAGUUGAUUUCUCUCACUGAAUGCCCCAACACAAAGCUCCACUAUAUCUUGGAGCAACGCGAAAGCGGCAAUGAUGUAGUUUUCUGGUUAAAAAUAAGAAUGGAGGCCCUUGCUGCAUGGAGACGAACCAUGGUUUGUUCUUCUCAGAGUCUGAAGUACAUCGAACUCAUAAAUUUAACCAUUCCUGGAGAUGCUUUUCGACUAAAUAAGGAAAGUGUUCGACUAGAAAAACARUUUUCAAGGAUUGCUAUUGAUUCUGAAAACAAAAGGAAAGCCCUCAACAAAAUGGGAAAUCUGAAAAAGAGAAAACAAYUUUUGGAAAGCUGGAAAAAAUUUGCAAUUUUGAAAAAUAUUAUAACAGUGGAAGAAUGGAAAUCAAAACUCAGCGACCUCGAACAAAAAUUGCAGAUAGCAGAGAGCCAAAUAGAGGAAUUAAAAGAAAAAUAUUCUGACAUUGAAAAGAAAAAACAGGAACUUUUCAUGGAAAUGGUCAAGGAAAAAGAAGUUCUCAAUAUCUGCCAAGAGGAAAAUGAAAAAAUGAAAAAAUAUAUAAGGCAACUUGAAAAAGACCAGUAUUGUCAAGUCAGGGGCACAGCUAUUCCUAAGCUUAAGUCGACUCAAGCCCAAAAUAAGAAAUUAAAGGAAUUAAAAUCAAGAGCUCAAAAGGCUCUGUAUUUCAGUAGUCUUUUUGGGCUCGAGCUUGACUGCCUAAAGUUGAAGGAUCCAGACAGCUCCAAGACAUACAAUAUUGAAUUCAACAGCUCAUCUCCUACAGAACCACUAGUUUCCUCUGCUUCCCCAAAUGCAUCAUUGACACAGGACAAAACUUUACCUGCUACACCACCCUCYAGCUCUGAAACKUCAUCAACWUCCAGCUCCCCUAAUAUGAAUGAUCAGUCUUCACCACAAACACAAUUCUCUAAACUGAAUGAGGAUGAUAAAGCCAGGGUCGAGAGUAUUCUCUACCUCCUUGAUAAAUUUGGGGUUGGAGAUGAAUUGUUACAUGAAUUGUCCAUGACCAUAGAUGGAUUGCCCAAGUCCUACUUGAUUAAACAAUGUAGAAGUGAACUCAACAAGAACUGCAUAAUUACUUCUACCCCAGGCAAGGCCCCAGGUGCACAGCAUCAUUUCAAACAAUUACUAACUGAUCAAGUUCAACAAAUGAGAAAGUCCAAUGUGAUUCAAGAAGGUGAGAAGGUGAAAGUUAAAUUGAGUGGUGAUGGUGCCAGAAUGAGUAGGGCGAGUAAUUUUAUAUUGCUCAGCUUUUCAAUUCUUCAGAGUACAGAUGAUCUAUUAUCAUCAARAGGUACUCACACCAUAGCUGUAGUAAAUGGCCCUGAAAGCAGAGAAACUAUAGAAAGCAGCUUUAAGGACAUUUUUGAUGAGGUCAAUGAUAUAAUAAAGGAUGGCUACAUAACUGUGGAUAACAAACAAUUAGAGAUAGAGAUGUUUCUUGGAGGUGAUUACAAGGUACACUUCAURUAUACAGUCAUAUUCCAUGCAAUAAAAUGUUAUAUUUAUGGACUAGGUAUUAAGCAUAAAAAGUUGUAUUUCCUUAUCUGCGUAAGUCGUUUAUCUUUUCAGUUCCUGCUGCUGGUUAUGGGCC